AUGUCCGGCCCAUUUCAACGUCCUCCUCUCAACACAUCGCACUCCACUCCAAUAUACCCCGGCGGCGAGACGCCUGUAUCUUUCAAACCGAAUGUGAAUCGAGCAAAGACGAAGCGGUGGGUCGAAGCAAAGAAGUACUCUUAUGAUGGUGACGACUGGGGUGAGGAUGAAUAUGGGGAGUACGAGUACGAUGACCAGCCGCCGGAACCGCAGACCCAGCUCACUGCUGCGAACCGAAGUACACCACAUAUCUCAAGCACCCUUUCAAAGGGGGCGUCGCAUCCUCCACUGCCCAGCACCGAUCGUUCGCGCUCCAUGGAGCGAGCUCAGACAAUGCCAACGGAGAGCCCGGCCGCGUCGGGUAGUCCCACGACGCCCAUAAUCCGUCCGGCCGACAUCUAUAAGCGGAUGCGAGGGGAACAGCAGGCUCGCCAGCCAUCUCCGGCUGCAACAUCAUCAGACGAACGCACUCCUGUGGCCUCGCCGCCUGUCAUCGCGACUUCCGAAUCUUCCGAGAAUACCGUCCCACUCCCCGGGCAAGCCUCCGUACCUACACACAAUCCAGACGCGGUCAAUGCUGAGCAGCCGAAUACACCUCCGGUGGGAACGAAUGAGCCACCAACGAUCGCGUUGCCUGAAGUCAAGCGCUUGUCCGCGUUUGAUUCGAGUUUCUUUGGCGAAUCCGGGCCAGCCCCUCAAAGCAAUCAGGAACCAGCUGGCCAGCCACACCAGCUUCAGCACAAUCCUUCUCUCGGCUUCCGCUCUGCAGUCAACCAAGCCUUCGAUGUUCCUGAGACCCCAAGCACCAUUACUGACAGUGUAGCUCGCUCGAAUAGCGAUAGCACCACGGGCAUCAGUCCUAUCAUCCCUCGGCGUGGCACCACCGAUGACAAGACGCCAACCAUCCACGAAGAGCCAAAUGAAAACACAGACACACCGACCGACGGUGACAUUGUCUUUAAACCAGGACACCGCCGGGACUUAAGCAUCCCCAGUCCCGGCAACAGUCCUUCUCGCAGGCCAGUCAUUGCUGGGCCCGAUGCCAACGCAUCGUCUGAACUAGCUCAGAUUUCCUCUGAAACGCCAGCAUCCCCUCUGGUUGCGCAGCCUCAGCCGCAUGUUUUCAACCCAGACAUUCCCCAACCAUCUCGAGAAACGACGAGGGAUGAUUUGCCUGCUCCUCUCAACGUUCAGACCAAUAUGGCUUCUGGCUCGGUUGUCUCAACUGAGAACAUCCCUGUAAUUAUACCAGCAAUGAGCGCUGAGAAUUCUCCGGAGGAUACGGAGAAUGACCGGUUACGAAAGGAGAUCAUUCGUUCCUUAAGUCGAGAGAAUUCGCCCUCCGACCACCAGGACAAUGAUACCCCUCCUCAUACCAGCAGGCAGGAUAGUCUAUUCCCCAGAGAGUAUGAGACUUACAGGCCCGCCGCGCAAACCGCAGCGCCCCAAGAGCCUCAUCAGUCUGGUCCGACUUUUGAUACUAUUUUGCAGACUCCUUCAACCGCGCAACCGUCUUCAACCACGCCUCAGCCUAAACUCAAGAAGCGCUUUUCCUGGGAAGAAUCAUCUGAUGACGAGGAUGCUACCGCCGUCACACAAGCGCAGCCCGCUCGACCACCGCCGAUGCCCGGGCAGUUCCCCCUUUCACAAGAUAGUGUCCUCCCGGAAUCCUUCCGAACGCCCACGGACCAACGAUCAGAAACAGCUGAGCUUUUGGAAGAAAAGCAAGAGCCUCCUACUCCUGAAAGACCUAAGCUUACAGUCGUGCCGCCUGUGGCUAUGGACAGUAUGAGCAUUCAGUCAAGUGGCCACGGUCAUGAGUCUUCCCUCUCUCAAACCACAGAGGCACUCGCUCGAGCCGAAGAGGGCGAGUCAUUCAGUCCUGUGCGGCAAUCUUUCGAACCACCAGCACAAUUACCACCUGUUCAUGUCGAGACGGGCCUGCUUGGGUUCAAGGACAUUCUCAACAUGCAGUCACCAUAUGAACGGAUCCAGUCUUUUGAUCGGACCCGAGACCAAUUUGCAGCCGUUGAUACAGGCCUGGGCAACUGGCUUCAGGUCACUUUUCAUGCUCACCCAGAGCAUAACGAUGUCGUUAACCGCAAUAACAAACCUCUAUCUGAGGAGUUCAAGAACAGUGUGCCGCGCACAAAAUUCCCCAAACUCGCCUCUCUAGGAAACCUUGCAUCUUCACUUCAGGAUGGAUCUCACUCGGCGUCGGGCCAUAUCAGGCGGCCAUCCGCGCCACUCGGAUCCAUGAGACAACCGUCAGGUAAGGAUUUCUUGCACACUGCAGGAGUAUUAGGUGGUCAAGCAGGCAAAGCUGCAAAGGGCCUUUUCUCCAAAGGCCGGAGCAAACUGAAGGGCUCUGGAGGGUCUGAAAAGGUAGAGCCUUGA